ACAGGUGCCACCACCAUGCCUGGCUACUUUUUCUAUUUUUGGUAGAGGCAGGGUUUCACUAUGUUCCCUAGGCUGGUCUUACACUCCUGGUGUCUACUGAUCCUCCUGCCUCGGCCUCCCAGAGUGUGGGGAUUACAGGCGUGAGCCACCACACCUGAUCUCUGUCAGUAUUUUUAAGAGUCUCAUGCUCUACCAACGGAGCUAGCCAGGCACUGGUGUAUCAGCAUUUUAAAAUGCUAACCCUGAGACCCCACAAUUCUACCCUAGUGAUGUUUCUACAGAAGUGCUCAUUCUGUUGAUUGAAGAUCCAUGCCCAGAACUGUUCACCACCUUCAUGUAAACCAGUGAGUGCAGGCAACAGUCCAAAUGUGCGUUGCAGGGAUUAGUAAACCGUGGCAUAUACUGCCAUGAAAGGCAUGAGGUAGGUUUUUCUGUCCUGACCUAGAGAGAGGUUGCAAAUAGCCAGAGGAACAAGAGGGCUGCCAGGCUGACGGCUGAGCCUGCACCUCUGGUCUUGGGAAAGCAUAGAAGGGAACAAGGCCACUGCUCCAUGCCUGGCCAGGGUCCUUUCCCCCUGGGGCUGGUCGAAUGCAGCUCAGGGCUGUUGCUUGGUCUCGAACUCCUGACCUCGAGCAAUCCUCCCGCCUCGGCCUCCCAGAGUGCUGGGAUUACAGGCGUGAGCCACCGCGCCCGGCCAGGGCUGUUGCUUGGGAGGAGCAUGGAAGACGCUCAUUUGCCAGGCAAGAGACAAAUCAGUGAAAUUCACAUUUGGCAAUCCUGAGUGCUGUGGGGAGGGAAAGGGUGUUCGGCCUCACAAUUCCCUUAGGUGAUGAGUGGUGACAGUCGCCUCUCAGCUCUGCUUGGGACAGCAGCUCUGCAGUGUGCUCGUGGUUUCAGAUGUGGGCGGCCUGUGGGAGGCUGCUAUGCAAAGCUCACGUCACCAGAUGCUGCAGUUAUCUCCUGAAUCAGGCUGAGGGGCUUUGCUGCACACCCAGGGACAGUUGGGUGACAAGUCACCUCCAGGUUGGGGUGCCUCAGACUUGUGAUGGGACUGGGCAGACGCAUCUGGGAAGGUGAGUCUGUACCUGGGGCUUUCCACCCUCUGCAGUCAGCAUGAACUUGAGGAGGCAGAGAGGGACGAGUGGUCCUGUCCCUGGGCCCAGGGAGCAGCCGGUGGAAGUGUGGCAUUGGAGAGCACCACCCUGGCUUUCCCUCUUCUGGUGUCCUGGCCUUGGGCAUCUGUCAGAGAUGGCAAAAUUUGCAGCGUUGACCGUAAGAAUUAUAAACGAAUUUCCAGGCCUGUGGGGGCAGGGGGUGCUGCUGUGACCAGUGUGUCCACGUUCCAGCCGGAUAGAGGGCAGGGCACUGGGCUUGUCAGGUAGAAUUUCUAAUUACAGAAGAAACUUUGCUUCCUUGACGAUUGAACUGACCUUUGUGGGUGCUGGGGUGGGCAGCCUUGUGCUGGACGGAGUCAGCUGCGCUGGCCGCGAGGUGGAGCUGAGGUCUGGGUCCCGGGCUUGGUGGAGCCCCUCCAAAUCCCCAGGCAUUUGUGGAGCUUCAGGGAAGAUGAGGAGCUGGUAGGAUGAAGAUGCCCUACUGGAGGCAGGUGGGGGAGGCAGCGAGCGAGGGUGGGUUCCAGAAGGAGGUUCAGCUUGGCCACCCGGCGGAAGGAGAGGAGGUUUGUUACGGAACGAACAUCACCCUUUCAGUUUCCUGGGGUCUGGGCCAGUCUGUUCUUGUGCUGAGCUUGAGGAUGUGGGCCCUGCUGGGAUCCUCCUCCACUCUCCCUGACCCCUUUUGCUCUUCUGUGACUCACGCUGCUCUGACCUCACCCUAUGGCCAGGGCUUCGCCACGGGAGGUCAAGAGUGGGCUUCCUCCCAGUGCGUCCUCAGGUACUACCCCUGAGCCCCUCCCGCAAGCCCACAGCAGAACACUAUCCAGAGGCAGGGCGGCCUGUGUGGGGAGGCUUAGGCAGCGGGUGUCAGAUAGGCAGGCAUGGGUGCACGGACGCAGCUCCAGACGGGUGCCUCCUGCAGGGGCGCAGCUCAGUGGGGAGCUGGGGCUACAGUAGGGCUGCACGGGCUGCCGGAGUCCAGGCAGAAGGCACAACAAGACAGCAGGAAGAAUCGGGGCGGCAUUCCCCCCACCUUGCCGCCAGACCCCCCAAGAAAGCUGUGUCAGUACCUGGCCCUAACCCUGGCCCACGGUCCCUGCCCGGGCCUUGGACCCUGUCAAUUCAGGGCUACGCAGGACGCCAGCAGGCUGGUCCUGGCUCAGGUGCCGUGAGGCUGGGAAGGGAGGAUGGGGGUGCUGGGGGGGCUUUAUGGAGGGAGCGGCAUGUGAUGGGGAAGGAAGCCAGGCAGAGGGGACGGUGCCCCCCCGUGUCUCUAUGCUCCUCUAACUGCAGCCUGCCCUUUGCCCCCUCUGCCUUGGGUCUGUGCCUUUGCCAAUACCUCUGUAUCGCUGGCAGCACCACGGCCCUUCCCCUGCUCAGAAAGUGUCCCCUCCCUCCUCCUCCUGCCUUCCCUGCACCUCCUCUGAGUGCCUGGUGUGUCCUCUUUUUCUGGGCUCUGUGCACUGGCCCCCGCUGGCCCUCUUGCCUCCGUCCCUCCUGCCCCUGCCUGCCCCGCCAGCGUCUUCACACCCUCUGUGCCCAGGAGCAUUGGGGCCUCCCACAGGUGCCAGACCGGCCUGUGUGUCCUUGUGGCCCAGAGUGGGGGCUGCCUCCUGCCCCGAUCUCCAGCCCCAUUUCCUGGCACAGCCUCCGUGGCCCCCAGGCUCCAGCUGCUGCUGGCGAGCCAGGGUCUGCAUUUGUGCAUCCUCCCCCAGCAGAGAGAAGACAAUGCUGGGUAAGUGUUCAUUUAAAUAGCAACCUCUGUCCCACCCACCUCUGCAUCCCAGCUUCCUGCGUGGGCCAGGAGGACGGGGAUCUCACCCCUCGCUCCCGUUACGAUGUGUGAAAUAGGCGUGUGUCGCAGUGAGCGGGUGCAGGGACCCGUAACUAACUCGGGGACUGUGCUGGAGGCACCCAGGAGCCCAGGGCUGCCUGGCCAGCCCCCGUGACGGUGGCCUACUCUGGCCUGAGGUUCCACCUGGCCUCAGGUGAGUGCUCAGGGCACGAGGGCCGGGAAGGUGAGGGGUGAGCCUGCCUGGAGAUCCGCCUGUGGCCUGAGGCUGGGACGCAGCUGCAGGGCAGCCCGGGAAACGGGGCAUGGCAUGCAGGCUGUGGGGCCCGGUGGCCUUCUGGGCCAGACCUCAGCUCCAAGGUGGGGCCCUGAGAGGGGACCAGAGUGGCCACAGGCUGAAGGCUACAUCCACAGACCCGAGAAGGGAGAGGCUGUGCUGGGAGCGAUGGCAGCCAGGCUUCCCAGCAGGACUGGGGCUGUCAGGUGCCAGCACUGUCCCAGGUGGCAGUCACUGGCUUCUCCUCCUGUCCUCACAACCAUCCUGUGACCUGGUGUUGUCUGAGCAGUGGUCAGGCCUCCCUGGUGCCAUCCAGGACCAGGGAGCAUGUGGUGGGUGUGACAGCACCUGCCUUGGCUGCCUGGCCUGGUGUCUGUGGUUGAGGAUGGGGGUGACCCUGUCUCAGUAAUGUCCCAUCUCAUGCCUGAGGAACGCCAAAGAGAGAGGGGGCAGUGAUGCUCUGGGGGAGGGGGGAGCUUGGAUUCUGCCCACAGCGUCACCCUGUUUAUGUGGCAUUUGUGGAGUCUUCUGUGGGGGUAUGUGCUGAGGGGCAUCUCCCAGGCAUUGCUCCCAGACUCUCACGGCUUGUGUGGAAGUUGGUGGGACCUGUGCCAAGAACAGAGGCAUCAGGCGUCAGGUGGCCGGGUAUUGGGCAGGUCCCAGGUCUCUCUGGGCCUCAGUUUCCUUGUCUGUAGGAGGGUGGUGAUGCUGUCCUACCUGGCUUACUAGGUAUGGAUGGGAGUUUUCUGUGCAGAGGAAAAGCAGGGACCUUCCCCCGGAUGGUCAUGUUGCCUGUGGCUGUGCCCAACUCUCCGGUGCCUCCCCAGGGUGUGUCCUGGCCUCUUGCUUUGCUGCCCUCAGGUGUCACGUGGGGCUUCCUGCCCUACCUCUCCCACCCGUGUGCCAGCAACAGGGCCUGCUGAGCUUGGAGCCAUCCCCCCUGCUCUCCCACCACCUACCCCUGGUCAGCUCGUAGGUGGGCUGGCCUGAUUCUGCACAGAGGUGUGUGUCCCUCCACGGCGGGGGCAGUGGCUGUCCCCCCUCGGUCGGGAAGUGGCUGCCGUGCCUGAGCCUCCCCCGGGUGCUGGGGCUCCACCUCCCUCUGCUCCUCACACCCCGAGAGCAGGCUGACUGCUCAGGCUGCUUCCCUGUCUGCCCCAUCCCCACCUUCCCAGGAGGGGACAGAUGCUGCUGCCGAGAACCAGCCGGUCUUUCCUGCUGUGGCUGCUGGUGCCAGGCUUGGUCCUGCAUUCUAGCGAGGGACGAGGUCUGCUUGAUCGUUGGUCUUGACAGGGGUCUGUCCUACGAAACGUGGAUAGGCUGCCAGGAGUCAGGGCCGGGGUGCGUUGGCGUGGUGCCUGCUGCGGUCUGUGUGCGUGUCUGCUCCUCUUUCUCCUUAUCGCUGAUCAGUCUUACAUAACCAGGCUGGCCCUGCUUCCUGCUCAGGGGCUGUCAGUGUGGCAUCUGGAGCUGCAAAGGGGGUGACAGGGCGUCAGCAGCGGCCCACACCCAGGCACUUCCUGACACACAGCCCCUCAUCUCCAGCCGACCUCUGGGGCCCCAGGGAUCCCGGGGCUCAGGACCCCAGCAGCUGAGAGCCUUGCCCUGCUGGGGGCACUGUCCUUCACAGGGCACCUCUGAACAGGGGUGUGAGAGUUCGGGAAGUGCCGUCUGUUGCAUGGAUCCCCGACUGCCAUCCUUGUCCACUUUCCUGGGGCAGAACCCUGGAAUGGGUCUCUAUUUAAGGACACAAAAGGGAGAGAGAAUGCCUGGAGCUUAGCUGUGUGACCCUGGGCAGAGGCUUCUGCUUCUUGGGACUCAGCGUCUGUGGACACGGACAGGCUCCCCCUUGCAGAGCUGGUGUGAGAAUUGAGGUAGAAAAUACAUGUCAUGCAAUCAGCACGGGGUGUAGUGCCGAGGGCUCGGUGACUUAUUGCGGUAGCUGUUGGUGGUAACCUGUUCCCCCAACCCCGAGUGCCCUGCAGGAUGGAGCCUGGGUCCAGGGACAGAGGCUGGGCUGGAGGAGGAUGCCAGUCCCUGAGAGGAGCCUUCGUUAAGACCCAGUUGAGUCCGGGACCCACCAGGAGAUCUGAGUUGAGGGCUGCGUCUUGCGCUGCAGCCCGGGUCCUUGGUGACCUUUCUGAGCUCGGCUUCUUCUGGGUAAAGGCUGGACCGUGGUGCACAGCCUGCUUCACGGGGCACAGUGAGGGUCUGGGUGCCAGCCCACGCAGAGCACUGCGCUGGGGAGCAGCUCUUGGGGAGCACCCCUCCCAGGGGUGGGCGUCUACCCCGGACCCCGCGGCCUGGUCCCUUGCAGGUUGGAUGUUGGAGAGUGAGGCCCUGCGGCGAGACGUGGGCACCUGGCUCCUGACUUGCACCUGUGUCUGCACCUGUGUCUGCCUGGGAGCCCCUGUCCCCGGGGACGGCAGAGAUCCUCCCCCAACCGUGGCUCAGCUCUCCCCUGACGCACCCACCGUGGGCUUCCAACGGUCACUGUCCCCAGGGCCGAGACCUGGCACAUUCACCUGCCUCACCAACAACAUCCUCAGGAUCGACUGCCAUUGGUCUGCCCCAGAGCCGGGCCAGGGCUCCAGCCCCUGGCUCCUCUUCACCAGCAACCAGGUGCCAGGUGGCUCGCACAAGUGCACCUUCCGGGGCAGCGAGUGCUCCGUGGAGCUGCCGCCCGAGGGUGUGCUCCUGCCCUCAGACAGCUUCAGCGUCACUUUCCACCACCGCGUCUCUGGGAAGGAGCUGGUCAGCCUGGUGGAUCCCCAGUACCUGCCCCGGAGGCAUGUUAAGCUGGACCCUCCCUCUGACUUGCAGAGCAACAUCAGCUCUGGCUCCUGCGUCCUGACCUGGGGCGUCAGCCCUGCCCUGGAGCCGAUGACCUCACUGCUCAGCUACGAGCUGGCCUUCAAGCGGCAGGAGGAGGCCUGGGAGUUGGCCCGGCACAAGGACCACAUUGUUGGGGUGACCUGGCUCAACCUUGAAGCCACCGAGUUGGACCCUGGCUUCGUGUACGAGGCCAGGCUUCGUGUCCAGAUGGCCACGCUGGAGGACGACGUGGCAGAGGGGGAGCAGUACGCGGGCCAGUGGAGCGAGUGGAGCCGGCCUGUGCGCUUCACCUCCCCGCAGACACGAGGUCCCCUGGCCUCCCCCUGGGCCCGGCCAGACAGCACCCUUGCUGCUGUGUCCGUCUUUCUCCUGCUGACCGGCCUGACCUACCUGCUGUUCAAGCUGUCACCCAGGGUGAAGAGAUCCUUCCACCAGAAUGUGCCUUCUCCAGCCGUGUUCUUCCAGCCCCUGUACCGUGUGCAUAAUGGGAACUUCCAGACCUGGACGGGGACCCACAGAGCCAGUGUGCAGUGGAGCCAGGACGGAUCCCCACGGAGAGCCUCGGAGUCCAGCGUCCAGGAGGCCUUUGUGCUGCUGACCUUUGGCCUGCGACCCGCACGCGCGGAGGAGGAGGAGGGCACUGGGACCCUGGGGGCUCGGAGUUCCCAGGAUGGGCUACCAGCAGGGUGCACAGAGUGGGGGGGACAGCCACCUGCCUACCUGCCGCAGGAUGACUGGGCCCAUGUGUCCCCCACUGGGCCGGCUCCCCCAGGGUCAGAGGGCGGCAGCAGCAGCAGCGACUAUUGUGCCUUGGGCUGCUAUGAGGGGCCCCAGCCCUUGGCCGUCCCGGGCAAUACCCAAAGCCCCAGGCCCAUCCCGGCCUCGGCCUGUGGCCUUUCCUGCGACCAGCAGGACCUGGAGACCCGGCAAGGUGGCCUUUGGUCCCGGUCAGAGGCACGGGCUCCAUGAGGACCUGCAGUGUGUGUGCUCCCUUCUGUCCUUGGCAGGCAGGCAGUAGGCUCAGUGCUGAAAAUUCUAGAACCCUGCCUCAGCCAGCUGCAUCCUGUCCAUUUUGGGGAAAAUGGACUGAAGUCUCUGGAGCUGACCCUGGCUGAGCCCAGACCUCCCGGGAGGGGGCACCGUACUGCGGUCAGAGGUCCUGUCUGCAAGAGGCUGGAGUCCCUCGUCAUCCUCCCUGCUUGGCACCUGUGCGGAGGGGCCUCCACCCUCGGCCCGCUGCCCGCAGCCCCUGGUGGCCCCUCACUGUCCCCGGCUUCACUGCAGCCCGUCUGAGAAGACGGGCCUCAACCUCUCAAAGGGCCAGCCUGGGCCCAGCGGACACCCGCGGGACACUGUGACUGGGUGGUGUGACCUCUUUCUGUGCCCUCCUGUGGCACCUUUGCUACUGAGAUUAAAAGGGACCUAUGGCUAUUCCCAAGUGUUGGUGGCUGGGGAGGGACCAGGGCAGGUGUGAGGGGUGGGGGCUUGGCCAGCCCUGGGCUCUCUGGGCUCCGGGGACCACAGGUGGAGGCCCAGGGAUGGCUCCAGGGACAGCAGGUGGAUGGUUCGAGGCACAGCAGGGUGAGGCUCAGGGACGGCUGCAGGGACGCUGCCCCUCCUGCCCCUCCUGUCCUUGUCCUUCCACUGGCCCCAGGAGGCUGCGCGCUGACUCGAGACAGCCGGGCAGGAAUGACCAGCCGGCAGUGGCUGUGGCCUGUGAGGGGCCCUCGCCCUCCCACGGGCAGCUUGGUCUGAAGCGGGAGUGGAGGGCAGAGCGGGACGUGCCCGUGGGGGUGUCCUGGGGCUGCCAUUGCAAAGUGCCACGGACUGGGAGGCCUCGAACCACAGAAGUUUGUUGUCUCACAGCUGCGAAGUCCAGAAGUCUGGAGUCUGUCGGCUGCACCCCCUCUGCAGGUGCUAAGGAGGGGGUCCCAGGCCCCUCUCCAGCUUCUGGUAGUUUCUUGCUUGUGGCAGUAAAGCUCCAAUCUUCACACGUC